AUGAAGUUCCUGGCACUUGCGUUGAGCGCAACGGUCUCGACCGCCCUGGCUGCGGUGAUCCCCCAGGAGCCGCUGGGGCCGUCAAUCGUCCAAAACACUCAGCAGCCCAAGUGGCUAAUUGAGUUGGCCCCAUACACCACCCGUUGGGUGACUGAGGAGGAGAAGUGGGCAUUGAAAUUGGAUGGAGUGAACUUUAUCGAUGUGACUGAUGAGUUCCAGUCUGGAUCUUACGGUGCUCUUCACACAACGCGCGUCGUCCGGUACCCGGGCCAGAUGCAGCACACUGAAGCUGUGGUGCCACUAACGGAUGAACUCUCCAAGAGCAAUAUGAAGGCGAACUUGGAGCAUUUCACCUCCUAUCACACCCGCUACUACAAGUCCCAGUACGGAAUCCAGUCUGCUGAAUGGCUGCUUGAUCAGGUCAGCACCGUGGUACACGAUUCAGGCGCUAGCAAGUACGGCGCAACCGUGGAGCGCUUCGACCACCCAUGGGGUCAGUUUAGCAUCAUCGCCCGCAUCCCGGGUCAGACCAACAACACUGUGGUGCUGGGCGCCCACCAGGACAGCAUCAACCUGUUCCUCCCCUCAAUCCUGGCUGCUCCAGGUGCUGAUGACGAUGGAAGUGGAACCGUCACGAUCCUUGAGUCGUUCCGAACCCUGCUGCGGUCGGAGGCGAUUGCCCAGGGCAAGGCAGAGAACACCAUCGAGUUCCACUGGUACUCCGCGGAGGAGGGAGGCCUUCUCGGCUCUCAGGCCAUCUUCUCCAAGUACAAGAAGGAUCACCGCGAAAUCAAGGCCAUGCUUCAGCAGGACAUGACUGGGUAUGUCCAGGGUACCCUGGAUGCCGGCCUGCCGGAGUCAGUGGGCGUCAUUGUCGACUACGUCGACCAAGGUCUCACUGCAUUCAUCAAGGAAGUUAUCACCACUUAUUGCGAUAUCCCUUACGUCGAGACCAAGUGCGGCUAUGCCUGUUCCGACCAUGCUUCAGCCAGCCGGUUCGGCUACCCCUCAGCCUUUGUGAUUGAGUCUCAGUUCGAGAAUUCGGACAAGAGAAUCCACUCCACCGAUGACUUGAUCAAGUACCUUAGCUUUGAUCACAUGUUGCAGCAUGCCAAGAUGAGCUUGGCCUUUGCAUACGAGCUGGCAUUUGCCUCUUUCUGA